AUGGAUCCUAUUAUCUAUAAAGCAGCGGCACAAGGCAACCUGGAGGCCUUUGAACAAUAUGAUCAUAUCUCCCAUCCACUUGAUGGAUUUUUGACAGUUAAUCAAAAUACAAUCCUACAUAUUUGCAUUUCAAGUAUCCUUGUUGAAGAAGAGUUUCCCGCUACUGGAGGAACUAACCAAGCCACAGCGGCAAAAUUUGUGAAAGAUGUACUAGGCAAGUGUCCGUCACUUUUAUUGAAAGCCAAUGCGGAAGGUGAUACUCCGUUACAUGUGGCGGCAAGGUAUGGGCAUGCUUCCAUAGUCGAAGUCCUGAUUGAACAUAAAAAAUCCCAACAUCAAGAUCUCGAAAGUGGAGUACGCGUUGAAGCUACUACGGAGAUGAUUGCGAAGCUGAACAAUGAGAGAGACACGACCUUACAUGAGGCUGUACGUCACAAUCACAUUGAAGUGGUAAAACAGUUACUAAUGGAGGUAGAUCCAGAAUUUUCGUUUGGUGCUAAUGUUGCUGGUGAGACCCCACUUUACUUGGCUGCCGAGAGACACUUUCCAGAUUUGGUAUCUGAAAUUUUGAACACAUUCCAAUCACCAGCUUAUAAUGGCCCCUUGGGUAGAACGGCUUUGCAUGCCGCUACAUUUUCAAAUGAUGCAGGAAUGACCGAAAACAUUUUGAAAAGAUCAUAUGGACGUGAUCUAUGUAAACAAGUAGACCAAAAUCGUUGGACUCCGCUUCACAUGGCUGCAUACACGGGUAACAUUGAGCCAACAAAACUAUUGCUGGAAUUUGAUAGAGAGGUAGCAUAUAUGAAAGACGCAGAGGGUAGGAUAGCUCUUCACAUUGCAGCUCAUCGCAACAAAGAAGGAGUAACAAAAGAGAUUAUAUCAAUGUGUCCAGAUUGUUGCGAAGUGGUUGACAAUAAAGGCCGCAACGCACUCCAUCUCGCCCUGAUGACCAACUUGUGGCCAGAUGUAGCGCUAGUGAUACAAGAUAAUUCGUCUCUCCGGAAUCUUUUGAAUCAGAAGGACAACGACGGGAAUACACCUCUCCAUCACUAUUCCAUUUCUGCUCGUUACCACGACCGUGUCCUGAAUUCUCCAAGAGUUGACAAAAUGGUCUUCAACAAAAAGAACCAGAAUGCUUAUCGAGUCUUAAGAAGAAAAGACGGUGGUGUUGAUAGGGUAACAAAAAGUGGGAAGAUAUUAUUAAAGUCCAAAGGGCGAGUAUUAGAAGUUGGGCAUGAUGAAAUUAAGAAAAGUUAUCCGACGGCGGAGAGUGAGGAGGAGUGGGAGAAGAAGAUGAUAGUUGCUGCACUCGUUACAACCGUGACCUUUGCAGCAGGCAUUACCAUGCCAGGGGGCUUCAUUGGUGGAGAUGAUCAUCCACAUCCAGGCUCUGCAGUUCUGAGGAAUAGUGUUGCUUUCAAGGCUUUUAUCAUUACAAAUGCCCUAUCAUUGAUGCUAUCUAGUUCUGCUAUCUUUAUCCACCUUAUUAUUCCACUUCUCCCUUCUGAUGAUGACUUCUUCCAAAAGCGCAUAAGUUUUCUUGGAAUAGCCUUUUUGUUCCUUCUUUUUUCCAUGGCACCAAUGGUUUUGGCAUUCGUCACAGGAACAUAUGCUGUGUUAGCGCAUUCAAAUAUUGCCAUUCCCAGUUGUAUUAUUUGCUUAUCCUUCUUUCCUAUCCUUGUUUAUAUAUUUCGAAAAUUAUGGUGCUAA